ACUGAAAUAAAUGGACAGACUGUGAGAGGAGCGAGAGGAGGUAGAGAAGACAGUACUAGACUAGGCUGGGGUGAAAAAUAAGAAGGGCACCAAAAGAGGGAGGUGGUGUGUGUAUGUAUAUAUGUGUGUGUGUGAGAGAGAUAGAGAGAGAGUGUGUGCCAGGUUGAGACUGCAGACUGAGUACGUAGGUCCCUGAGAGCAGCAGCACAGGAAGAGGGGAAGGUGUUUUGGCUGAGAGAGCAGAGCACUGCGUAUGGAGAGCGAUGUUAUCGUGAGACUCAGAGGGCUGAAGCAGUGUGUGUGUUUGUGCAAGGAAGUAUAGCCUAAUGUUUAUCUUUAGUAUGUGCAUCAUCAUGGUUCUGUUUUGAUACAUGCAUGGGGUUGUCGAUUGUUUUCAGUGAGGUUUAUGCUGUGCAUUUAUGCUUUGUCAUUAAGUCAGUGCUAAGUUAGUGCUAAACUCUGAUGCUGUAUUUAAGGCCUAGUGGCAUUUGAGUAGUGUGUAUGUUUGUGUGUGUCAGAAUUCUGAUCAGGCUGUGCACCGCUCUAUGGUCUAUGGAUCCUUCCUAGCUCUAUCGAUCGUCAGCUCUGAGCCUGAUGAAGCGUUAUUUCUGUCCCUGUUUCAGCUUACUGGUGAGUCAGGACUGGAGUAAGAGCGAUGAGAGACUACUGCAGGCUGUAGAGCAGAACGAGCCUGAGAAAGUAGCUGCCCUGAUUGUGAAGAAGGGACUUUGUCCCACCAAACUGGACGUGGAGGGAAAGUCAGCGUUCCAUCUCUGUGCGUCUCGGGGUCGUCUGGACUGCUUGGAGGUCAUCCUGGCUCACGGGCCAGACAUUAACGUGACAGAUGGUACAGGCUUCAGUGCCCUUCACCUAGCAGCCAAMAACUGCCAGCCUGAGUGCCUGAAGAGACUAUUACAGGAGAGAUUGCCUGUAGACUCCACAGACAGCUUUGGCCGGACAGCUUUGCAUCACGCAGCUGUGAGCGGCUGCUUGUCCUGCACUGAGACUCUGUGGGACUUCAAAMCCAGUCUGGAUACCCAGGAUGGGGAUGGGGUGACCGCGCUGAUCCUAGGAGCCCAGAUGAGCAGAGUGGAGCUGUGUGCUUUCCUGUUGGACCGAGGAGCCAAUCCCAACAUACAGGACAGCCAGGGCAGGUCAGCCCUGAUGCUGGCCUGUGAGAGUGACAGUGCAGAGACUGUGGAGGCGUUGCUAAGGGGAGGGGCUAACCCACAUCUGUCCGACGCCCUCGGACACCACGCAGCCCACUACGGCGCAACCGCCGGCAACCAGCGCAUCGCACAGCUGCUGCAAAACAGAGCUCCAGCCACUGAGGGCAAUGGAGAAGAGGUAACUUACCACUCAUCAUUUAUUUUUCAUUUUCACUCACUACACGUACAUGUGAAAACAUAGCCAGUAUUACUGAAUUGUACAUAAUAGACUUUAUGACAUAGGAACGAACACCAACUUCUUAUCACAUGUUCAAUCUACAACAACAACUUUUGAACAACAACAGCUGAAGUAACAUCUCACAAGGAAAACACGUAAAAAUCUCAUUACAAGACAUUUUAGGCUACAGUACUGCUUGCUUUGUUUUGGACCUUGCGGCUCCUCUCCUCCUGCUUUCCCCUGUUCCUUCUGUUUGUUUGUGCCUCCAGCGACAGCCUCCUCCUCCCCCUCCUCUACCAGGGGGUACGACCCCCCGCAAGAGGAAAGCCCCCCCCCCUCCGCGCUCCCCUCCCCAGGUAU